CUGCACUACGGGACCCUCCUGGGCAGCAGAGCUUGUGUCCACAUGGCAGCAGCUGCCUGGGGCACUGGGUUUCUCAAUGCUGUGCUGCACAUGGCCAAUACAUUUUCUAUACCACUCUGCCAGGGCAAUGCCCUGGACCAGUUCUUCUGUGAAAUCCCCCAGAUCCUCAAGCUCUCCCGCUCAGACUCAGAGUACCUCAGGGAAGUUGGGCUUCUUACAGUUAGUCUUUUAGUAGCAUUUGGGUGUUUCAUUUUCAUUGUGCUGUCCUAUGUGCAGAUCUUCAGGGCCGUGCUGAGGAUCCCCUCUGAGCAGGGAUGGCACAAAGCCUUUUCCACGUGCCUCCCUCACCUGGCCGUGGUCUCCCUGCUUGUCAGCACUGCCCUGUUUGCUCACCUGAAGCCCUCCUCCAUCUCCUCCCCAUCCCUGGAUGUUGUGGUAGCAGUUCUGUACUCGGCGGUGCCUCCAUCAGUGAACCCCCUCAUCUACAGCAUGAGGAACCAGGAAAUCAUAGAUGCCCUGUAUAAAAUAUUUGAAUUUUAUUUACUUGUGAUUAAUAAGGCACCAAUGAUCCCACUAGGGUUCCCACUGUAUCUCAAGAAAAGCCAGGACUAA